AUUCGUGUACGCGUAACAUAGGCAUGGCGGAAACUAAGCGGUGUUGAUUGGGAUAGGUUAAUGUAGUUGAAUACAAUUUUCAUUAGGUUUUUUUCGCUUUAGUUUUAAUACUUCUUUUAUACAAGAUGGGCGCAUACCUUUCAGAACCAAUAACGGAGAAGGUGUCGACUGAUGAGGUGGGAAAACGUGUAAUUUGCGGUGCGAGUUCCAUGCAAGGAUGGCGAGUUACUCAAGAGGAUGCUCACAAUUGCACAUUGGAGUAUGAUGCAGGCACUUCAUUUUUUGCUGUGUAUGAUGGCCAUGGUGGCCAUGAGGUUGCCACAUAUGCUGCCCAGCAUUUGCCCCAGUACCUGAAGAAUUGUGAAGCAUACAAGCAGGGUGAUUACGCACAAGCCCUGAAAGAUGCCUUUUUGGGGUUUGAUACUACCCUCACUACCCCAGAAGUGUUGUCUCUACUCAAACAAAUAGCAAGUAAUAAAGAUGGUGGACAGAAUUCAGGAUCAGAUGAAGAGGAAGAGAAUGUUAAGAACCUCUAUGAAGAAGCACAGAUGCCACUUGAGCAAGUGAUGGCCAAGUACCAGAAUGACUUCCUUAACCCAAACAUAAAGAAAAUAAAACAAGAUGCUGGGAAACCACCUGUGUCCCCAUUCCUUCGUGGGCGUCGUUCAUGCUCAUCAGGGGCAUCAACCUCGGGAUCUGGAUCUUGUUCAAAAAGUAGCACAAGCACACAACCAGAAUCCAGGAGUGGGAACACUGAAUCUGGUCCAGAUUCUGAAGAUAACAAUGAAAGGGACACGGAAGUCAGCAGCUCAAGCAGUCGAGGACAAAGUAGCAACUCCUCAAGUACAUCCAGGCAACAUUCAGGGAACUGUGAGGCUGAUCAGGUGUCUGAUUCCAGUGCAAAUAAUGGGGAAACAAAGUCAAUGUCAGAAUCAUGUGAGGAAAUAGAAACAGCUAAACACAAAGCAGCAGUGCCAGAUAGUUCAGAAGAGGUGAAGGUACAGAGCCCAGAAAAAACAUCAGAUCAUUCUGGGGAAGGAAACACUUCUGUUAAAGUGAAUGAUGCUAGUGGUGUUAUGCAGGAAGUGAAUGGAGAAAUUGGCGAUGUGGAUGAGAAAGAUUUGGGACAGACCGCAAAAGAUUGUGAUGGGGUUACUAGCUCCUCUGCACCACAUGAGAAUGGGGAAGUGGUUAAAAGUGAGAGCAAAGGGAAAUCUCCAACCAAAGUCACUAAAGAAAGCAAGAAGCAUGUCUCACCUCGUCGCCAUUCUGCAACGGAACUUUAUCGCACGCUACUUAGGGAUCAGGAUCAGAGUGACAGUGAUUCAGACGAUGAGGGAGACGUGUCAUUUCAAGGGGUUGAUAACAGUAGUGAUGAGGAUGCUGAUGAUGACGAAGAGGAAGAUGAUGAUGACGAUGAUGACUAUGAAGAGGAAGAAGGGGGUGUGGAAGAUAGAGAUAAUGAAAAUGAAGAUGUGGAUGAUGAUGAGGAUGAUAGCAUGUUGGAUGAUGAUGAAGAUGAAGAUGAAGAUGAUUUUGCCAUGAAGAUGAUAGAAGAGCCUGGAUCAGACAGUGGAUGUACUGCAGUAGUGGCACUUCUCAGGGAUCGGGAGUUGUAUGUUGCAAACGCUGGGGACUCGAGAUGUGUAGUAUGCCGCAGAGGUCAAGCAAUUGAGAUGAGUCUUGACCACAAGCCUGAGGAUGAGACUGAAAUGGAAAGGAUAGUGAAGGCUGGGGGCAAGGUGACUGCAGACGGCAGAGUGAACGGUGGGCUCAAUCUGUCCAGAGCUCUUGGUGACCAUGCAUACAAACGAUCCGAAGGUUUGUCUGCCCAGGAACAGAUGAUAACGGCAUUGCCUGAUGUCAGGACACUCAUGAUUGAUCCUGCAGAAGAUCAGUUUAUGGUCCUUGCAUGUGAUGGAAUUUGGAAUUUCAUGUCCAGUCAAGAGGUUGUAGACUUUGUACGUCAACGCAUACAAGACGGACAAACAAAAUUGUCCAAAAUAUGUGAAGAGCUCUUUGAACAUUGCCUGGCGCCAAAUACGCUCGGCGAUGGAACUGGAUGUGACAACAUGACUGCAGUCAUUGUGCAGUUUCGACCAGAGCUCGUGAACCAGAACGAGAGGAAGUCAGUAAAGCGUUUGGCAUCUCCAGUGAUGGAAACCAGCAUUGAUACAACCAAACGUCCCAAAGCAGAAGAAGCAUCAACUUGCAUGUGAUUCAGCAGUUUACUUUUAAGUGCAUUAUUCGUGUGGGAGGAAAUUACAACAGUUUGCAGGUUUAAGGUAUUAUAUUAAUGGUAAAAGUUGGACCACCAUCAGAAGGUGAAUGCUUUAUGUAUCCAAGAAAACCAGCGUUGCACCUAGUAAUUUAUGUGCCCACAGCAGAGAGUCACCAAAGCACAUCCUGAGUGUAUGCAGGUCCAAGAAUAUUCCCCUCAUCCAGAGUGCAGUACUGCAUGGGUACCAUUAGACCCACAGCAACCAUAAGAAAAGUACCACACAUGCAAGACAUUAGUGGUUGCUUCCGUUGUAUUUGAAGAUGGAUGCAAGCCACUUCAGCUGUAAAGACAGUGUUGCACUUUUAAUGCUGAACCCCAUCUUGUGGUUGGUGGGCAGUAGACAAAUGAUACACAAGAUUUUCAACACAGUUUAUUUAAAAAGUUUGCAGUUUUAGUAAAUUGUCACUUAUUACAUGCAGUUUAUUUUCAAAGAAAAUGUUUCAUUUUUGUAUUCUGUUACUUUUCUCUUUUUUUCUUAAAAUAAUUUCAGUUCUUUCUUCAAGUGCCAAUAUUUUGACUAUUUUCAUAUGUCAUGUUUAUUGUAUGUAUAAUGUCCAGCAUUUAAAAUAUAAAUAUUUUUCUGAAAAGAAACUAGCACAGAGGAAUCGUUAGAAUUUUCUGAAUUGAGACUUAAGUUUUUUAUACAUGGUAUUCUGUAACUUUUUUUUUUCUAAUGUAUUAAAGUAAAUACCUGUAAUUCAAAAUUCCAUAAAAUACAAUCAUUGAGCACUGUACAGAACUUCAUCUUGUACGAAAACACAUAUUAUGUUCCAUUUUUAAUGAUAUAAAAUUACAUGACAUGGCUAAAGUGAACACAUGGUAGCAAAAGAAUGUGAAAGUACCAAGUUAAAAUGUGAGGGUGAGUUUGAAUGAUCUCUGAAGCUUUGGGUCCUGGCCCAAUUCACAUAAAUGUAUGGUCAGAAUAUAACCAGACUUAUGCUCUGUACUGACAGCAGGUUCAGAGACCAUCUAACAUACAUUUUAAUUUUGUGUUGCAAGGUUCCCACAAGUUUUUAAGCUCUAUUUAAUCAGAAAACAUAACCUGUAUCUGAUAUUUACAUAUUAGGCAUUAGUUAAAAGUAACAAACAUAAUUGCAUUUGAGAACAAAAUUCAGUUCUGGAUUCUGAAAGUUCAUUGUUAUAUAAGCAGUGUACCCCCGGUCCCCAAUUAGCACACUGACUUGUCUUGUGGAAAAUUUGUGUCCAUUAACAUGAUUUCACCUUACACAUUAUUUUUCAAGAGUGCAUCAGCUGUGUUAGUUGGGGACUGAAUAUUAUUGCAUUACAAAGGUCAGUUGCAUCACAGAAAUUUUAUACACAAUAUAUAUUGGCUACCAAACUGUUUGGAUUAUAUUGUUACAAUUAUCUGCUGUUCUUGAUGAGUUCUGUCUUCUGGGAUAUAAUGCUAUAUAUUCCACUAAAAGUCAUCCCACAUUUUGGAGGAAUGUCACAUUCAUCUUCAAGGUUGAAGAGUAAGCCAAACAAAAAAUCAUGAAGCAGGCAGCAUUUCAACUCUGAAGAUGUAGGUGGCAUGUUGUUUGGAAACAUCUGUUAACUUUUAACAGACUGCAUGGUGUUACAUCCCAGAAGACAUAAAUCUUCAUAACCACUGCCAUGAGAACCUCAAAUCCUACAUCAUUUUUCUUUUUGCCAAACAUUUCUCCAAAAUAGGAAUGCAUUUUAACAGUCAUGGAAAAAAUUUGCUCAUAAGGUGUUAGAAUACUUGCCUUACACAUAUGGUAAAUAAACAUAGAACCACUGACUGUUUUCUACAUUCCAGCUUCUUGUCAGUCAUAAUUUAUGCAGUCUGUAGCAAAAUGUACGCACUGGAAUAUUAGUGCAGUCAUGUGAAUGUGUAAGGUCACAACAGCCUUGAUUGCCUAUACUGUGAAGUGAGGAUGAAGGAAAGUGCUUCUGUUAUAAUUUUGCAUUUUCUAAACUUUAUAGUGGCUCCUGUAAAAGAAACUGCAUACUGACAUAGUAGCAGAACCCAUAGUUAAUUAGUUAUUAAAAUAUAGUACAGCAAUACCUCGCAUAGUCCGGGUAAUUGGUUCCGCCAAUAACCUGGACUGUUUGAAACUGGACUAAUCAAGAAACUAAACACAUACAUAAAAUGAUAACUGGUUUCAAAAAAAAAAUCCCCAUUUUUCAGUAAAUAAAAUGUGAUUAAUA